ACCUCUCUCUCCACCGUAUGCUCUCUGCUCCUCUCUCUCGCGGCCGCCGCCAUCCUUCCUCUGUUUCAAUCUCUCCCUCCAUCCCUCAGCCUCUACCGCCACCACCCCUUCUCUCCGUCGUUCGCCGCCACCCUUGGUUUCAGAUCUCUCUCUUCCUCUCACUUCCUCACCCCCCCUCUCUCUUUCUCUAUCUAUCUAUCUAUCUAUCUAUCUAUCUAUCUAUCUAUCUAUCUAUCUAUCUCUCUUCCUCUCCCAGACUCGAUACUCAUCUCCCUCCCUCCCUCUCAGAUGUUGUUGGUCUGACCAAAACUUCGUCUGAAACCCUAAGGUUUCCAAUCCUGCAGUCGCCACCAACAGUUCCUACUUCUGUCGAUUUUACAGGGCGGGACUCCUACUUUUGGACCUCAUUAGUUCCACGUUCUGUUGCUUCUAAUUGGAACAAAGCUAGAGCACACAUCAUAAAGAAGCUGUCCUAUGAGAUCCCCUCGAAGCUGUCCUAUGGGGUUGCGCUGCCACCAGCACCAUCGCCUGAUGCAACCGCUCCUCCCUCUCCCUCUCUCCCUCUCUCUCUCUCUAAUGCUGGUCCUUCCUCUCUGUCUGAGUUCCUCUCCACAAUAUGACAGUUAUUUCUUUGCUAAUUAUGGUAUUUACAUUAAUUUGAUCUUUUUAAUUAUGGCAUUUAAAUUUAUUUGAUCUUUUUAUUUGAAAAUUUAUCAAAUUUUACUGUCUGAGCCUACUCUCAUUUGUUCCUCCUCUCUCUCGAGUUCUUGCCCCUUCAUAGAAGCAACUUCAUAAUAUCGAAGUCUCUAAACAUCCAAAAAAGCAAAAUUCAUAUAGUCCAAAUAUAUUGUCUAACUACAUCGCCUAGUAAUCUAUCUAAAUUUUCUAUCUACUUAUAUAAAAUAAAUUUACUAACUACAUUGUCUAACUACCUAACUACCUAUCAGAUCUAAAUGUAGAACUAGGUAACUAGUUAUAUCAUAUAGUUAGCUAAUUUAAUUUUAUAUAGCUAAUCUAGUUAUAGUUAUCUAGUUCUUAAAUUUGAUAGGGAGUUAGGCAAUGUAGUUAGUAAAUUUAUUUUAUAUAGGUAGAUGACAAAUUUAGAUAUAUAUAUUUAGUUAGCUUAUUAUGCGAUGUUGUUAGGCAAUGUAAUUGGACUGCAUGAGUUUUGCUUAUUUUGAAUGUCUAGAGACUUCGACAUUAUGUAGUUGCUUCUAUAAAAGGCAAGAACCCAAGAGGGAGGAGGAACAAAUGAGAGUAGGCUCAGGGAGUAAAAUUUGGUAGUGGUUUCUGAAUCAAAGCUCAGCCCUCAGGAUCCAUGGCUCCGAGGUCGGAGCCACAGAUCUUAGCUCCGAGGUCGGCGUUAAGAUCUGUGGCUCCAAGGUACCAAUAUCAGUGCCAUAUAGAAUGCCCUGUUGAGCGUGGUCAAACAUCUCGAAGUCCAAAUUUAUGGCGUCGAGAUGUGUUACCUCGAAAGCUAUAAGUUCUAGUGCCGACAUUUAGAUCCAAAGAUUAGUUUACGUCAUUUAAGAGACCAAAUAUAAUUCUUUUAUAGAAAAUAGGCCAAACUUCUCGUCCCUUUAUGCUGUGCAAAAACUGGCACCUGAUUGAAUCCUGAUUUAAGCUAUUUUCCUAUAUGUAUUUGGAUCUGAUCGCAAGUGUAUACAUGUAUUAUGCCUAUAUAUUUUUAUCGGGUGUAUACACAUUGUACCUGCCCUUUAUUGGGUCAGCGCCCUGAUUGAUUAUAGACAUAUUUUAGGUCUUGGACGACGCACGUACGUCGCCAGCGGCGGCGGUCUCGUCGGAGAGCGGAGAGUCUAGCGCGCGGCCGGCCGGCCAGGCGAGCGCGAUCCUCGAUCGGACAGACAGGUGGUUGUUGGUCGAUCGAGAUGACGGGGUGCCUGUGGCCGUGCGUGGGAGCGGCGGUGGCCGGGGAUGGGGCCGACCACCGGGGGUUGUUCCGCUCCAAGCCCAGGACCCCCGUGGAGGUGGUACAGCACGUCAGGGACCUGGUCACCUACGUCCUCAACAACAAGGACGGCUGCGCCGGCGGCAGGCGCGACGCCAAGCUUGAGCACAGGAUGUUAGAACUAAGCAAAGGGAUCAAAGAGAUGAAAGGCAUUCUCUAUGGCAAUGGUGAAGACGAUCCUUGUGAAGAAGCUUGCAAGCAAUUGACUAAGGAGUUCUUCAAGAAGAACACAGACACCUUUCGUCAAUUUAUUGUUUGCCUUCAAUACGUGAACUUGGAUACACAAAAGGAUGUCACUCAAGUGAUUGCAAAUUUGCAAAGGCAAAAGGUUGAUUCAAGAUUGGUUGCCUCUGAUUACUUGGAAGCUAACUUGGAUCUUUUGGAAAUUUUGAUGUCUGGGUACGAAAACUUGGACAUCGCAAUACAUUAUAGUACUCUAUUGAGAGACUGCAUACGCCACCAAGUUGCUGCAAGGUACGUAUUGGAAUCUCCACACUUCAGGACAUUCUUUGAUCAUAUACAGUUUCCAGACUUCAAUAUACAAUCCGAUGUGUUUAAAACUUUUAAGGAGCUCAUGACACGGCAUAAAUCAACUGUUGCUGAGUUCUUUUCCAAGAAUUAUGAUUGGUUCUUUGCAGAAUUCAACUCGAAGCUGAUAUUAUCGGCUUCCAACUACUUCAUCCGAAGGCAAGCUGUUCAACUCUUGCGAGACAUUCUUUUGGAAAGGUCAAACAGUGCAGUGAUGAUGUGCUAUGUCAGUUCGAAAGAGCACCUCAUGAUUCAUAUGAACCUUCUAAGGGAUGACAGCAUAGCUAUUCAGGUAGAGGCUUUCCAUGUCUUCAAGCUGUUCGUCGCUAACAAGGAGCAGCCACCUGAGAUCACCAGCAUACUGCGCACCAACAGAAGCAAGCUCCUGAGGUUCUUGAAAGACUUCACCGCCGUGGAGAAAGACGAUAAGAAGUUCGAGGCCGAUAAAGCUACGGUCAUCUCGGAGAUCCUAGCGCUAGCUGGCGCUGAAAAUUAGUAGGCGUCGACAUGCAAAGUGCAGUAGCUAGCUAAGUGUCUGUCUCCUUGUGUGUGUGUGUUUUUUUUGUGUGUUCCAUAAGCCUGUGCCGGCCAACCCGGUAUUUCCACAACGGCAUGCGUGCGCAUGCCUUAUCCUCUGGCUGCAAUUUCUCUGAGAUUCAUACCGCUCAACACCCAUCUCUUUCCUGUCCACUCGUUUUCUAUUCCUGGUUCCCACUUAUUUUGCAUUUCGAUUCCUUCUGUUUCCCAUCGUUAGAUGUGAACUCUCUCCACCGCCACUGUCGUGGCUCAUCUCUCUUCGCCAUUCCUGUAAGUCCACCUCUCUCUCCACCGUAUGAUCUCUGCUCCUCUCUCUCGCGGCCGCCACCAUCCUUCCUCUGUUUCAAUCUCUCUCCCUCCAUCCCUCAGCCUCUGCCGCCACCACCCCUUCUCUCCGCCGUUCGCCGCCACCCUUGGUUUCAGAUCUCUCUCUUCCUCUCACUUCCUCACCCCCUCUCUCUCUCUUUCUCUCUCUAUCUAUCUAUCUCUCUUCCUCUCCUAGACUAGAUACUCAUCUCCCUCCCUCCCUCUCAGAUGUUGUUGGUCUGACCAAAACUUCGUCUCAAACCCUAAGGUUUCCAACCCUGCAGUCGCCACCAACAGUUCCUACUUCUGUCGAUUUUACAGGGCGGGACUCCUACUUUUGGACCUCAUUAGUUCCACGUUCUGUUGCUUCUAAUUGGAACAAAGCUAGAGCACACAUCAUAAAGAAGCUGUCCUAUGAGAUCCCCUCGAAGCUGUCCUAUGGGGUUGCGUUGCCACCAGCACCAUCGCCUGAUGCAACCGCUCCUCCCUCUCUCUCUCUCCCUCUCUCUCUCUCUCUAAUGCUGGUCCCUCCUCUCUGUCUGAGUUCCUCUCCACAAUAUGACAGUUAUUUCUUUGCUAAUUAUGGUAUUUACAUUAAUUUGAUCUUUUUAAUUAUGGCAUUUAAAUUUAUUUGAUCUUUUUAUUUGAAAAUUUAUCAAAUUUUACUGUCUGAGCCUACUCUCAUUUGUUCCUCCUCUCUCUCGAGUUCUUGCCCCUUCAUAGAAGCAACUUCAUAAUAUCGAAGUCUCUAAACAUCCAAAAAAGCAAAAUUCAUAUAGUCCAAAUAUAUUGUCUAACUACAUCGCCUAGUAAUCUAUCUAAAUUUUCUAUCUACUUAUAUAAAAUAAAUUUACUAACUACAUUGUCUAACUACCUAACUACCUAUCAGAUCUAAAUGUAGAACUAGGUAACUAGUUAUAUCAUAUAGUUAGCUAAUUUAAUUUUAUAUAGCUAAUCUAGUUAUAGUUAUCUAGUUCUUAAAUUUGAUAGGGAGUUAGGCAAUGUAGUUAGUAAAUUUAUUUUAUAUAGGUAGAUGACAAAUUUAGAUAUAUAUAUUUAGUUAGCUUAUUAUGCGAUGUUGUUAGGCAAUGUAAUUGGACUGCAUGAGUUUUGCUUAUUUUGAAUGUCUAGAGACUUCGACAUUAUGUAGUUGCUUCUAUAAAAGGCAAGAACCCAAGAGGGAGGAGGAACAAAUGAGAGUAGGCUCAGGGAGUAAAAUUUGGUAGUGGUUUCUGAAUCAAAGCUCAGCCCUCAGGAUCCAUGGCUCCGAGGUCGGAGCCACAGAUCUUAGCUCCGAGGUCGGCGUUAAGAUCUGUGGCUCCAAGGUACCAAUAUCAGUGCCACAUAGAAUGCCCUGUUGAGCGUGGUCAAACAUCUCGAAGUCCAAAUUUAUGGCGUCGAGAUGUGUUACCUCGAAAGCUAUAAGUUCUAGUGCCGACAUUUAGAUCCAAAGAUUAGUUUACGUCAUUUAAGAGACCAAAUAUAAUUCUUUUAUAGAAAAUAGGCCAAACUUCUCGUCCCUUUAUGCUGUGCAAAAACUGGCACCUGAUUGAAUCCUGAUUUAAGCUAUUUUCCUAUAUGUAUUUGGAUCUGAUCGCAAGUGUAUACAUGUAUUAUGCCUAUAUAUUUUUAUCGGGUGUAUACACAUUGUACCUGCCCUUUAUUGGGUCAGCGCCCUGAUUGAUUAUAGACAUAUUUUAGGUCUUGGACGACGCACGUACGUCGCCAGCGGCGGCGGUCUCGUCGGAGAGCGGAGAGUCUAGCGCGCGGCCGGCCGGCCAGGCGAGCGCGAUCCUCGAUCGGACAGACAGGUGGUUGUUGGUCGAUCGAGAUGACGGGGUGCCUGUGGCCGUGCGUGGGAGCGGCGGUGGCCGGGGAUGGGGCCGACCACCGGGGGUUGUUCCGCUCCAAGCCCAGGACCUGGACCUGGUCACCUACGUCCUCAACAACAAGGACGGCUGCGCCGGCGGCAGGCGCGAUGCCAAGCUUGAGCACAGGAUGUUAGAACUAAGCAAAGGGAUCAAAGAGAUGAAAGGCAUUCUCUAUGGCAAUGGUGCAGACGAUCCUUGUGAAGAAGCUUGCAAGCAAUUGACUAAGGAGUUCUUCAAGAAGAACACAGACACCUUCCGUCAAUUUAUUGUUUGCCUUCAAUACGUGAACUUGGAUACACAAAACGAUGUCACUCAAGUGAUUGCAAAUUUGCAAAGGCAAAAGGUUGAUUCAAGAUUGGUUGCCUCUGAUUACUUGGAAGCUAACUUGGAUCUUUUGGAAAUUUUGAUGUAUGGGUAUUAAGCACUUGUCGUAUGAUCAUAUAGUGGAUGUUUUCAGUUUUGGGAUAGUUCUUUGGAGCUGCUGACCGGAAGCUUCCAUGCCAAGACAUUACACGUGUUCAGGGCUUCAGACAAUAGUUGCCAUUGUUCAAAAGGGUUAUGGUUGCAAAAAUAUGGAUCCAAUAGGACUCGCUGGAAGGCCACGUUAUACUACGUGUGAACAAAGCAGUUUUCCAUAAACUGCUAUAGUACGUGAGAUUUUAGAAAAAAUUAAGUUGUUUUCCAAGAACUUCAAUGACAUACAUGUAUUUAUCUCUGAGACAAAAUUAUUUGAAUCAGUGACAUCCAUGGACGUGAGUUUCUA